CCUGCACGCCGGGCUCCUAGCUGCUGCCUUGCCUCCUCAGACUCCCCAGUGGCUCCUGGUCCAGCUCUCUCGGCCCCCCACCUCCUCACCCACGCGCCACUGGCGUCCCCGCGUCCCCCAGGAGACGCCCUUUCCCUGCGCGCCCGGGACUUGGUGAAACUUUGCAGACACCGUCGGUGAGAUGGAUUUAAUCCCAACCUCCUUGCUCUGCUUCUUACUCCUGGCCUGCAGCCUCCCACCCGGCGCUGUGACACUCCAGACCGCUCUGCGAAAAUCAGGCAAGUUGGAGCCUCCUGCUGAGAUCAAGAUGGGAAUCUUGAACUGCACAGCUUACACCCUCCAGUGGAGAAAACCAAAGUAUUCUGGCAGGGACAUCAUUGGGUACACGGUGUUUGUCUCCGAGGUUGGUUCAGACAAGUCCCUCCAAGAGCGGUCACAUAAUAUAUCUGUUAGCCAGGAUACCGUAAUCAUUGAGAAAGUGAUUGGAGAUUUGAAGCCAGGCACCACGUAUCGAAUGAGCAUAGCUGCUUACAGCCAGAGUGGCAAAGGGAAAGUUAGCUAUCCUCGGAUCGUGACCACUUUGUCUCAAGAUUUCUGCCUGCCUCCUGAAGCACCCUUUAAACCACACGUCCUUGUGGUUUCUGAUUCCGAGGUGGCUCUCUCUUGGAAACCCAGAGAAGAUGAAGAAACUGCCCCAAUUCAGUCCUACUCUGUGGAGUACAUCAGGCCAGAUUUUGACAAGAGUUGGACCACCAUCCAAGAGCAGCUGCAGAUGGACUCCAUGGUUAUCAAAGGCCUUAAUCCAGACACCAACUACCGGUUUGCUGUGAGAGCCAUGAAUGCCCAUGGCUUCAGCCCACGCAGCCGUCCCAGCAAGACCAUCCGAACCCUGGGCCCUGAGGAGACUGGAAGUGGCCGCUACGGACCUCGGUAUAUCACCAGCAUGGGAGCCACUGAAGAUGAUGACGGAUCUGAAGACGAUCUGAAUCUGGAUGUGCCCAUGGAGGAGGUUAAACCACUUUCUGCUACCAAAACUGGGAAUAGGAUGGAAUCUAAGAAGACGUUUCUCUCCAACCCAGAGAUGGCUUCCAGGCUUGCACAACCUACCUCAGCGUCUCUCCCUGAAACUACAGUGGCCAUCCCACACACCGCUGCCCAGCGGAAGGGGAAAAAUAAUGUGGCAGUGACAUCAAGGCACUUUGACACGUUCUGUGAUGAGACACCCUGCCCGGGUGACAGCUUCUGUGUCAAUGACUACAUCUGGGGGGGAUCACGAUGUCACUGCAGCCUGGGCAAAAAAGGCGAGGGCUGCUCAGAAGAUAUCUUUAUUCAGUAUCCUCAGUUUUUUGGUCACUCCUACUUAACCUUUGAGCCUCUGAAGAACUCUUACCAGGCGUUUCAGAUCGCUCUGGAAUUCAGGGCAGAGGCAGAGGAUGGCUUACUACUCUACUGUGGGGAGAACGAAAACGGCAGAGGCGACUUCAUGUCCCUGGCUCUCAUCCAGCGCUCCCUCCACUUCAGGUUUAAUUGUGGAACUGGGAUCGCUGUCAUCAUAAGUGAGACCAAAAUCAAACUUGGGGCCUGGCACACGGUGUUAUUGUACAGAGAUGGGGUGAACGGGAUACUGAAGUUGGAUAAUGGCACCGUGGUGAUAGGCCAAUCCCAGGUUGUCCAAGCCAGAGGUCCAGGAAAGCCCAUAUGGGAAGCAAAGAGCCCAUCAUUACCGUCAGAUACAAAGGGCCAGUACAGUAAAAUUACCUUCCGGACACCUUUGUAUCUUGGUGGCACUUCCAGUGCUCACUUGCUGCUGAGAGCCACGGGGAUAAACUAUGGCUUCCAAGGCUGUGUGCAGUCGCUUGCUGUUAAUGGGAAGAGGAUUGACAUGAGACCCUGGCCACUGGGAGAAACCCUCAGUGGGGCUGAUGUAGGGGAAUGCAGCAGCGGGGUCUGUGAUGCCGCCUCCUGCAUCAACGGAGGAACCUGUGCAGCCAUCAAAGCCGACUCUUACAUCUGCCUCUGUCCGCUGGGGUUCAGAGGUCGACACUGUGAAGAUGCAUUUUCCCUGAGCAUCCCUCAGUUCAGAGAGUCGCUGAGGUCCUACGCCGCCACACCCUGGCCCCUGGGGCCCCAGCAUUACCUUUCUUUCACGGAGUUCGAGAUCACAUUUCGGCCCGACUCAGCCGAUGGUGUCCUCCUGUACAGCUACGAUUCCGGCAGCAAGGACUUUCUGUCCAUCAAUAUGGCUGGGGGCCACGUGGAAUUCCGCUUCGACUGCGGGUCAGGGACUGGAGUUCUCAGGAGCGAGAAGGCCCUCACCCUCGGCCAAUGGCACGAGCUACGUGUGUCUCGCACAGCGAAGAAUGGGAUCUUACAGGUGGACAAGCAGAAGGUAGUGGAGGGAAUGGCAGAGGGAGGCUUCACCCAGAUUAAUUGCAAUACGGAUAUUUUUAUUGGUGGAGUCCCAAACUACGAUGAUGUCAAGAAGAAUUCGGGCAUCCUUCAUCCAUUCAGUGGCAGCAUCCAGAAGAUCAUCCUGAAUGACCGGCCCAUCCACAUGAAGCAUGAUUUCACAUCUGGUGUGAACGUGGAGAAUGCAGCCCACCCCUGUGUGAGGAACCCCUGUGCCAACGGGGGCAGCUGUCGGCCCAGGAAGGAGGGCUAUGAAUGUGACUGCCCCUUGGGCUUCGAGGGCAUGAACUGCCAGAAAGAGUGUGGGAACUACUGCCUCAAUACGAUUACGGAAACCAUUGAGAUCCCGCAGUUCAUCGGCCGCAGUUACCUGACCUAUGACAACCCAGAUAUCCUCAAGAGGGUGUCGGGAGCCAGAUCAAAUGCCUUCAUGAGGUUUAAGACGACCGCCAAGGAUGGCCUGUUGCUAUGGAGGGGGGACAGUCCCUUGAGACCUAACAGUGACUUCAUUUCCCUGGGCCUUCAGGAUGGAGCCCUGGUGUUCAGCUACAACCUAGGCAGUGGUGUGGCUUCCAUCGUGGUGAACGGCUCCUUCAGCGAUGGCCGGUGGCACCGGGUCAAGGCUGUCAGGGAUGGCCAAUCUGGGAAGAUGACGGUGGAUGACUACGGAGCCAGAACAGGCAAGUCACCUGGCAUGAUGAAGCAACUCAACAUCAAUGGGCCUCUCUAUGUGGGUGGAAUGAAGGAAAUCGCUCUGCACACGAACAGACAGUACAUGCAAGGCCUCGUGGGCUGCAUCUCUCACUUCACACUGUCCACCGAUUACCACAUUUCCCUUGUGGAGGACGCUGUGGAUGGGAAAAACAUCAACACUUGUGGGGCUAAGUAACACCCGCCGGCCUUGUCCAAGGGACACAGCCUCUAUCGGAAACAUCCCAGGGGCCCGGAGACCCUGCCUGAUGCUGCACAGAGGUCUGGGGAUCGGGUGUGCUUCCUGUCACCAAGGACAAAGUACGCCCUGGUGGGAACCAAGGCUGGAGGCCCUGGGUGGCCUUCUCUGCAAAUGCUCUGUGGGCCAAACCCAAUGGACUAUUGUGGAUAAGAAGCACUGGACAUUGUUGUUCGACAUAUAGAGCCUGUGAGAGAUCAUACAUCAAACCAAGUUCCAGAGACUGUCUGCUGUAGCUCAAUAACUAUGCUGUGUUAAAGAGAGUGAGAGCGAGUGAGAGAGAGAGAGAGAGAGAGAGAG